AUGUAUUGGCCUGCAUAUCCGUAUCAACAAUAUGGUCGUCAUUAUUACAUGGGUCGCUUAAUUGGUGAAGUUAUGCCACAUUGUAAUGUUCAUCAUUUAAUGCGUCUCGGUCGUGAAUCACAAGAAUAUCCUGAUAUUAUGCUUGCUUUACUUAAUAUUAAACCAGGUAUGAUUGUAGCCGAUAUUGGUGCUGGUGUCGGUUACAAUUCAUUACGUCUUGCUCGUCUAAUUGGACCAUAUGGACGUGUUUUUGCAACAGAUAUUCAAUCUGAAAUGCUCAAUCAAUUAAUGACCAAUGCAUAUACAUUAGGCCUUUCAAAUAAUAUAAUACCUAUAUUAGCUUCACAUUGUAAUGUAAACCUUCCACCUAAUUCUUGUGAUCUCAUUCUUAUGCUUGAUACGUAUCAUGAAUGUAUAAAUCCACCAGCUGUAUUAAGUGGAUUACAUCGAGCAUUAAAACCAUACGGUCGACUUGUUCUAGUUGAAUAUCGUUUAGAAGAUAGUUUGACACCGAAUAUGUAUGAUGAUCAUCGAAUGUCUACUGGUCAAGCCAGAUUUGAACUUGAAUUAAAUGGAUUUUUUUUAUCACAAACUUUUGAAUCACUUCCUUGGCAACAUAUUCUUAUUUUUAAUAAAAAAUAA